CCUGGAGGAGCCAUGGAGCUGAGUAGCAAGAAGAAACUGCAUGCCUUGUCGCUAGCAGAGAAGAUUCAGGUGUUGGAACUCCUGGAUGAAUCCAAAAUGUCCCAGUCGGAGGUAGCCCGGCGCUUCCAAGUCUCCCAGCCCCAAAUCUCACGCAUCUGCAAGAAUAAGGAAAAGCUGUUGGCAGACUGGUGUAGCGGCACUGCCAACCGAGAGCGCAAGCGCAAGCGGGAGUCCAAGUACAGCGGGAUCGACGAGGCUCUGCUCUGUUGGUACCACAUUGCCCGAGCCAAGGCCUGGGAUGUGACCGGGCCCAUGCUGCUCCACAAAGCCAAGGAGUUGGCCGAUAUCAUGGGCCAGGAGUUUGUGCCCAGCAUCGGCUGGCUGGUCCGCUGGAAACGCCGAAACAAUGUAGACUUUGGGGCUCGCCAUGUCCUUCCGCCUCCAUUUCCCCCUGAACCGCCUCCCCUAGGGCUCGCAUCCCAGGCCCAGCCUCCUCUCUCUCUUAAAGAUUUCUCUCCAGAGGAUGUUUUUGGCUGCGCGGAAGUGCCCUUGCUUUAUCGGGCAGUGCCUGGCAGGGCAUUUGGGUGUGAUCGGAUGAAAGUGCUCCUGUGUGCCAACAGCAGGGGCACAGAGAAGCGGCGAGUACUGGUAGGUGGGCUCCAGGCUGCCCCACGAUGCUUCUUUGGGGUCAGCAGUGAGGCACUGCUUGCUUCCUACCACCCUGACGCAGGCAUUCCCUGGGCAGAGUGGCUGGCACAGUUUGACCAGGACAUGGGCCAGCAGGGGCGACAGGUGGCCUUGCUGCUGGCUGCACAGGUGGUAGAGGAGUUGGCAGGCUUGCCUGGGCUCCCCCACGUGAGACUCUUACCUCUGCCGGCCUCCAGCACCACGCCUUCCUUGCCUGGCUCCGUGGUCUGGGCCUUUAAAGCUCAUUACCGGCACCGUUUGCUGGGCAAGCUGGCCGCUGUCCAGAGCGGGCGGGAGGGGACGUCGCUGCCGCAGGCCGGGGAAGGCAUCACCGGGCUGGACGCCCUGCACCUGGCCGCGGCGGCCUGGACCAAGGUGCCUGCUCAGCUCAUCGGGAGCAGCUUCAUCCAGGAGGGGUUAGCUCCCGGCAGGACUUCCGUGGCCCUGGACAAGGCCCCUGCGAUGCCACCGGCUGCCGGUGGGCUGACCCCGGAGGAGUUUGCCCACUUUGUGGACUUGGAGGACGAGGACCCAGGCCCCGGAGUGUGCAAGGAGGAGGUGGGCACUGAGGAGAAGGAUGGGCCCAGAGAAGAUGGCCUGGAGCCCCUGCCUACCAAAGCCGACGCCCUCCAGGCCCUGGGCACCCUGCGGAGGUGGCUGGAGGUCAGCAGCAGCUCCCCGGAGCUCUUCGAGAAGUUCUACGAGUGCGAGGCCGAGGUGGAGCGGCUGUGCUCCCUGUGAGGGCACCGGGCGGCCGCCAGAGCCCCUCGGCGCU